AUGUCUGCCUCGCCGACGCAACCCACCCAGUCGGCCAAGCGCCCUCUCGAGGAGGCCUCGUCCCCCUCGCGCGCCGGCGAUCAACCAGACGCUAAGCGUCCUGCCCUGGACAAGGUCAUCAAGAGCGAGCUUGAGGCCGAGGUCCCGGAGCCUUCCGACGACGCAACCCUGGCCGCCAGCGACACCACCAACGGCACGAAGCCUGACCAAGACACAACCGCCGCCGCCGCCGAGGCCACCGCUGUCCCUGCGGUGCCCGCUGCCGCUGCCGAGCCGACCGCAAACGCUUCUGUCAACGACGAGACCGCUUGGAUCCACAUCCGAGCCAUCAUCUCCAGUCCCGAGGCUGCCACCAUCAUCGGCAAGGGCGGCGAAAAUGUGUCCAACAUCCGGAAGCUCUCUGGAGCUAAGUGCACCGUCAGCGACUACCAAAAGGGCGCUGUUGAACGCAUCUUGACCGUUAGCGGCAUUGUCGACGCCGUCGCCAAGGCGUUUGGCCUCAUCAUUCGCACGCUGAACAAUGAGCCGCUCAAUGAGAAGUCGACGACUGCGUCCAAGACGUACCCCCUUCGUCUCCUCGUCCCUCACAUUCUGAUCGGCUCCAUCAUUGGAAAGGGCGGUGCUAGAAUCAAGGAGAUCCAGGAUGCCUCUGGCGCCCGGCUCAACGCCUCGGAUUCAUGCCUGCCCUUUUCCACUGAGCGAUCCCUCGUCGUCAUGGGCGUCGCCGAUGCCGUGCACAUCGCCACCUACUAUGUCGGCAGCACUCUGGUCGAGCAACUCAACGAGCGCUUCGGAGGCCCGGCUUCAUCGGCCUACGCGACUCGCAGCGGCGGUCCGGCUGGCCCCAUUCCCGGCGGCAUGCAGGUUGUCCCCUACAACCCCUUCCCGUCCGGAGGACACUACGGUCGUCCCGAAAACUACGCUCGCAACCAAGAGCGUCGGUCUCACAUGCCUCCCGGCCCCUACCACCAGCCCUACGCCCAGGGACCUCCUCCUCCUGGCCCGUCCAUGCCUAUCCACUAUGGCGGUGCCCAGCCGGCCUAUGGUGCUGGCCCUCAUGUCCAACCUCACGCUGCCCACCACGCCGGCCCGCAGCCUCACGGUGGCCCCCAGGGUCAGCCUAUGCCAGGCGGCAUGCCCGGCGCCCAACCCGUCACCCAGCAAAUCUACAUUCCCAAUGACAUGGUCGGCGCCAUCAUCGGCAAGGGUGGCCAGAAGAUCAACGAAAUCCGCCAGCUCAGCGGCAGUGUGAUCAAGAUUAACGAACCGCAGGACAAUAGCAAUGAACGGCUCGUGACGGUCACCGGAACCGAAGAGUGCAACCGAAUGGCUCUGUACUUGCUGUACUCUCGCCUUGAAUCCGAGAAGCACCGAAUCUAA